GAAUUUGAAAAAUCACCAUUAACAAUAAUAUAUAGUAUUAUUUUCAGAUCCCUUUCCAAAACCCAUAAACUCUGAAAGCCCCUAGAGUCCAAUGGAGUUCUACGAUAAACAGGUGGUGCUGAUUACAGGCUGUUCCGCCGGCGGCAUAGGCCACGCGCUGGCACGCGCUUUCGCCGCCGAGAACUGCGUCGUGGUGGCGACCAGUCGGUCACUGUCGUCCAUGGCGGACCUGGAGCACGAUUCUAGGUUCUUUCUUCAAGAACUGGACGUGUUGUCCGAUGAAAGUGUCCGAAACGUAAUCGACAAUGUUCUCGAAAAACUAGGUCAAAUCGAUAUUGUGGUCAACAACGCCGGUGUACUUUCCGUUGGCCCUCUUGCUGAAAUACCCUUAUCUGCAGUUGAGCAUACCUUCAAUACAAAUGUUUAUGGUUCCAUGAGGUUGAUUCAAGCUGUGGUUCCUUACAUGAUAUCUAAGAAGAAGGGAAAGAUUGUCAACAUUGGAAGUGUUUCCGCUUUGAGCCCUGGACCAUGGGCUGGUGCUUACACUGCAUCUAAAGCUGCUCUGCACUCCCUAACUGAUACAUUGAGAUUGGAGCUCAGACCUUUUGGGAUCAAUGUUAUUAAUGUUGUACCUGGAGUUAUUAAGUCAAACAUAGCAAAUUCUGCUAUAGCCAACUAUAAUCGAAUGCCUGAAUGGAAGUUAUACAAGAAAUUUGCAGCAGCAAUCCGAGAUACUGCCGACGUCUCACAAGUCUCAAAUGCUACCCCUUCAGAAGAGUUCGCGAAGAAGACUGUAGCUGCAGUGCUGAAGAAGAAUCCACCGGCUUGGUUCACGUUGGCCCGCUACUCCACCAUAAUGGCGAUCAUGUACCAUCUUCCACUAUUUAUCAGAGAUUCCAUUAUCGGGAAGGCAAUGAAUUGUUAGAGUUUUACAAUUUAUUUAUGACGUCUUCUCAUCCAUAUAUGUAACUUGAUUCCAUUUAUCAUGACUGUACUGAACAAAGAAUUCAUGUAGAAGUGCCACCAAGUAUCAGGAAAAUUUUAAAAUUAA